GCGUUGUUAUUCGUACUUUUAAUUCUUCCAGCUCAAGCUUGAGCGAUAGCACAAUAGGAACGUUAUCGCACAGUUCUUUUAAACAACGAUUGUUUACGGUAGGGCGACACUCAUCACAAAGCCAGAAAGAGUUAGAGGAGAUGGUUUCGUAAACAGGGCGAGUUGUUCCGCAACAAGUGAAGUGGAAUAUAUUGUCGCAGAAGCCACCACACUUUGCAAAUUCGAUGCCGCGAAUUGCUUUUACACAUUUACCACAGUUCUUAGCCAUUUUGUACUGUAUGUGAUGAACGACGCGGUGCUGCCUAGGCAGAAUGAAAAUUGUCGGUUUGACAGUGAUCCGGAACGGCGAGUUUCAGUAUUAUCUUAAUCAUCGAGACAACUCAUUCGUCGAAGAUGGGAUAUUUUACAUAAAACCUGCUUUGAUGGGAAUAGAACCGGGAGGCGAAGAAUUUCUAAGAAGUGGAACUUUAGACAUUCAUGGCGGUGACCCUGGCAAUUUUUGCACAAACCCAGCCUCGGAUGGUUGCGUGAGGAUCGGAUCUCCCGAAAAUAUUUUAAAUCCGAUCAAAAGUGCUCGUGUCCGUUCUGCAGAGUCUUUCAAUUUUAAAUAUGGCAACCUGGAGAUAAGAGCCAAACUGCCCACCGGUGAUUGGAUGUGGCCAGCACUCUGGCUCAUGCCACGUAUCAAUCAGUAUGGCACAUGGCCUGCAUCUGGCGAAAUUGAUUUAAUGGAAGCCCGAUGUAAUACUGAGUAUUAUGAUAAAGAUGGGACGCACAUUGGAGUAGAACAAGUUUUAUCAACACUGCACUUCGGUCCAAAUGCCUGGACGAACGCUUAUAAUACGUCAACCGUAUCGAAAAAUUCGUCGCCAGGAAAUGGUUUCAAUAGAGAAUUUCAUCGUUUCCAACUAGAAUGGACACCGGAGAUAAUGUCUUUUAGUGUUGACGACGAAACUCUGCUGCAAGUUGACGGCAAUUUCUGGAAUCGUGGAAACUUUGAAGAUCGAGCGCCAGGAACUCGAAACCCAUGGUUGUCUGGUACUAAAAUGGCUCCAUUCGACCAAGAAUUUUUCAUCAUUAUGAAUUUGGCAAUAGGAGGGACAAACGGAUACUUUCCGGAUGAUAAUGUAAUGAAUUCUUCCCCCAAACCAUGGUCAAAUCAAUCCCCAGUUCGAUCUGCAACGACAAGUUUCUGGAACAACAGAAACGAUUGGAUUACCUCCUGGGGUUUAGAUAAAAAUGAUGGCAAAGAUGCUGCUUUCCAAAUCGACUAUGUUAGAGUUUGGGCAUUAUAAAUGUCAGUGGUGUAUGGCCAAUACGUACGACUUAAUUUGAAUUUUGAUACAUGUACUUAACGUCUGUGUACAAAAAAAAAAAAAAUUUUUUUACUUUUUUUUACGUUUUCUUUCUGGAUUACCCUGGAUACGAUUUACAGAUAAGGGAACGUAUGUUACUUCGUUUCGUCUUGAUUUCUUAGUUUUAGCUGUGUGAUGAAAUGGAUUUUUUUUCUGUAUUUUAA